AUGGCAGCGGAAGCCCCAGAUCCAAAGACCUUCGGGUCAUGGGAAGAAGCCUUCCAGUAUCCUGUUCCCGCAGUGCGCGGUAUGGAGAGACAGCUGCGCAGGGACAUUGAUUCGAACCGUGAAAAGCUGAGGACACUCGUUGGCGCAAGCUAUCGUGACCUCCUAGGCACUGCGGAAUCGAUCAUCGAGAUGGGUGGCCAGAUGCACGACUUGGAGACCUACAUGGGCGAGAUUGGCAAGAGGUGUAAUACUAGGAUCUUGGACAAGAAGGCUUCAAAUCUACGGACAUGGACUGAAGAGGUUGGGGCUCCAAACACUGAACCCUACUCUUUCGCAUCCCAAUUGGCCGUCCUCCGCAGUUGUCCAGAUGUCAUUUCCAGGCUUUUCAAGAGCGGAGGAUCGGUGCUGCUGGCCGCCAAAGUUCUGGUGAUCUCGAGGCUGCUGCAUACGAAGCUCUCCCAGCGCCGGAAUCCGCCGCCAUUCUUAGACGAUUUGAGGAACCGAUUGGCAAGUCUACGUCGAAGACUGCUGGGCAGGAUUGACCGACGGCUCAAAAGCUUGGAAAUAUCGAGAGAUGUACUGGUGGAGGCAAUGUGCGCUUUCUCGCUGGCUACAAGUUCGUCACCUAAGGAUGUUAUACGUCAUUAUCAUCACAUGAGGCUGGAGGCUAUUUCCGAGAAUAUGGGCCAGGAUGGUGAUGGUCAUGACAACGUGCUAUUGGCAUUACGACUAUACGUAAAGACGUUGAAGGACACCCAGGCAGUCAUACCUACGCAACUGGCACGCGCACUGGAGAGAUUGAAGCUGGUUCCGUUAUUCAAAAGUCAGGAUGUAUACUCCUUGAUCGAGCUCAACCUGGAUGUUCACGAGCGAUGGAUAGGUGACGAUAUCAGGACUUUUACACCCUAUAUAAGGCAUGAUGAUUUGACCAAAGCCGAAGCAGAACGAUCACUCAAACAGUGGGCAAAGUCCGCAUUUGGGUCUUUCCUCGCUGGACUACGAAACAGGAUAGAAGAUGUCGAGGAUCCCGAAAGACUGGUAGACUUACGGAGACAAGUCUUGGAGCUUUGGUUGUCGAAUCAUCAGCAUUCGACCGGGGUCGAUUCGGCUGAGACGCUUGAUGGUCUCCGCCAUGUUUUCAACCUUCAAUCCACGCGUCUCAUACAAAGUCGAGCGUCUAAGCUGGACCGAGUGGGCUUGAUUGUCAAAAAUGUUUUGCAGAACUGGCAAGCUGGCGUAUCUGACCUUACUCCGUCAUUAUGGGAUUCUUCAAUGACUUCAAUGGAGUUUGAAAACGGAGGCAAAUCGUUCCGAGAGAGGCUUGCGUCUCGAUUCACAGGCAAGAAUGAGCCCCUCAACAAAGUUUCUCUAGAGUAUGUGUCCUUUCUUGAAAGAAUCGAAAGUCUGGAAGAAAUGAUCAAGAAGCUGCGAGAGGCUAGAUGGGCAGACGAUAUGGAUGACGUUGACAAUGAGAAUUAUUUGCUGGACAACAAACAAGUCCUGCUCAGUGAGGACGAUCCAAGACUAUUGCAAGAAGAGCUCAACAGCGCCCUCCAAGAGGCUUAUACUGAUUUACAAGUCAUGCUUCACAAGCUUUUUGACAAGUCUGAGACGACUAGCAGCGGCCAACAAGCAGCGUACUUGAUCCGUGUAUGGAGGGAACUACGGCAAUAUCUACCAAAGAGCUACCAAAAUGCUCAACUUGGAAUUGGUUCCAUACCUACCCUGCAGCAUACCAUCGCAAUUGAAGCACUUCGGGUGCCUCUGGAGCGAUGCUCGAAGCGUAUUGCCAAGAUGUCGCAAGCUAAGCUACUACAGGCGAGACCGCUUUGGGAAGGCGACCCCGAACUACCCGUCUUGCCGUCUGCAUGGACAUACAGAUUUCUGCUUGAACUUGCGUCAUCAAUGAGUGCUUGUGGCAGCGACGUGUGGAGUCCGCAAGCAGUCGAUACGCUGAAAAAGGAACUUAUACUGAGUAUAGCGCCAAUGCUUGAAGGACGUCAGGCUGUUCAAGUCAAUGGGCAUCGGGAUAGAGAUCUUCUUGAUGGCGAAGACAAGGAGGAAGAAGAACUCGAGGAAGAAGUCAAGAAAGACGAGGAGGAGAUAGAGGAAAGAUUCAGAGAGGAGAAUGGAGAGGUAAAUGGCGAAGAAGCGGGAAAAAGUGAGGAAAAUGAGGAGCGAAAUAGCAAGGAGCCAGAAAAGUAUCCGGAAAAGCCCCUGAAUGGAGCUAUGAGCAACGGACACAUCGAGUUCAAGCCAGAAGAGGAGCCAGAAGACGGGAAGAUACAACGAUUCUUCGACGUUGCCUAUCUAACAAACGCUAGUGUCGUUAAAGAGACUGAAGCUGGGGACAAUCAGCUGGUUAGCCUACAGGUUUCACUAAUUCAAGAUCUUGCAUUCGAGCCGAAGGCAAUGGAGAGGAUGAAGAAGGAUGCUGCAGAGUAUUGGAAGCGGACGAGUCUGCUCUUUGCUUUGUUGGCCUAA